CCCCCAAUCAUUCGUUCAUUUGUCACUACUCACUCCCUGUACUGGAGAACUCUGAAGCAAAGGAAAACCAUAUCCCUUCAUCGCCGCCGCCGUCCCCAGGUCCUCAGCGCCGCCGCUGCUUCCUCUUUCCCUUGUUGUUUUCAUCUUCGCUGGCACGUCGUUUUCAUCUUCGUUGGCUUCUCGGCACGGAACCCAGUGAACCAGUGACUAAAGCAGUUUGAUGACCGGUCCGGUUUUCAGAACCUUGGCUCUCUCCCUCACUCACUGGCUCACAGCCUCACCCUCACACUCGUCGCUCUCUUGUCUCUUCCCUCACCUCGACGGUCCUCACUCUCAGUCUCUCACAACCUCACUUCGUCGCUCUCUCAGUCUCUCACCUCGUCCCCUCACCUCGGUGGUCGUCGCGGUCCCGUGCCCCUGCAUUCGGUUUGUCAGCGGCAGAAGCAGACGGAACCAGUCAAGCAGCAGCUGUUCCCUCGAGUGUUGGUCGUCGUCAUCUUGUGUCGCGCCAGUCGCGAUGUCAGAAUCCGUCAAUCAGGGUCAAAAGGAAUGUUGGCUGCGGGAGUGGAAGCUCAGAUUGGGUGCGUGGUCCUAACAUGAUGCGAGGGUUAGCUUCACAGUUUGAUUUUGUUUAUGGAGAUGAAGCAACAUCUGUCAAAUCAUAUCGCAUUUCCAGAUUGCCACUGAGAAUUCUGCAUUGAGUGCCAUUGCUGAAUGGAUGCAAGAAAACUUCUAUCCCUUUUGAAAGCCAGUGUGACUUCCAAGUCACUUAAGCAAGGGAAACUCAUCCAUCAGAAGGUUGUGACUUUGGGGUUGCAAAGUGAUGUUUCCUUUUGCAGGAACCUGAUUAGCCUGUAUGUUUCUUGUCAUUUAUAUGAUUUUGCAAAGCAUGCUUUUGAUACCAUUGAAAAUCCAAGUGAGAUUUCUUUGUGGAAUGGCCUAAUGGCUGGUUACUCUAAGAAUUACAUGUAUGUGGAAGCUCUAGAGCUUUUUGAGAAGUUCUUGCAUUACCCUUACCUUAAACCUGAUAGUUAUACUUACCCGAGUGUUCUCAAGGCUUGUGGCGGGUUGAGAAGAGUCAUCUUAGGGAAAAUGAUUCAUACCUGUUUGGUAAAAGCUGGUUUAAUGACAGACAUUGUAGUUGGAAGCUCUCUUGUAGGUAUGUAUGCUAAAUGCAAUGCACUUGAGUAUGCUAUAAAGAUUUUUGAAGAAAUGCCUGAAAAGGAUGUGGCAAGCUGGAAUACAGUGAUUUCUUGUUAUUACCAAAAUGGAAAAUUUGAAGUGGCCCUACGUUAUUUUAGCAUAAUGAGAGGAUCUGGUUUUGAGCCUGAUUCAGUUACAAUCACAACAGCUAUUUCCUCAUGUGCUAGACUUUUGGAUUUGAAGAGGGGAAGGGAAAUUCACAAGGAGUUAAUUAAUAGUGGGUUUCAGCUAGAUAGUUUCAUUAGUUCUGCUCUUGUUGACAUGUAUGGAAAAUGCAGUGACCUAGAAAAUGCCAUAGAGGUUUUUGAGCAAAUGCCCAAAAGGACCGUGGUUGCUUGGAAUUCCCUGAUUGCAGGAUAUGGUUUGAAAGGUGACAUCAUUUCAUGUAUUCAACAUUUUAGGAGGAUGUACAAUGAGGGAAUCAAGCCAACUUUGACUACUUUAAGUAGCAUAGUAAUGGUUUGUUCAAGAUCAGCUCGAUUACUAGAGGGGAAAUUCGUGCAUGGAUAUAUAAUACGAAACAACAUACAACCUGAUAUUUUUAUUAAUACCUCCCUAAUGGAUUUAUACUUCAAAUGUGGAAAGGUUGGGUCAGCUGAAGCCAUCUUUAAGUUAAUACCGAAGACAAAUGCCGUUUCUUGGAACGUCAUGAUUUCUGGAUAUAUGACGGCAGGGAAAUUUUUUGAAGCCUAUGAUGUGUUUAGUGACAUGAGACAAGCUCAUGUAGAAGCAGAUGCUAUUACUUUUACUAGUGUUUUAGCUGCUUGUUCACAACUAGCAGCUCUAGAAAAGGGUAAAGAGGUUCACAAAUUGAUUAUUGAGAGAAACUUAGAAGACAAUGAAGUAGUUAUGGGGGCCCUUCUUGAUAUGUAUGCAAAGUGUGGUGCUGUUGAUGAAGCAUUUGGUAUUUUUAGAAUUUUACCGGAGAGAGAUUUGGUGUCUUGGACUUCGAUGAUUACAGCUUAUGGGUCCCAUGGUCGGGCCCAUGAAGCUUUAAAACUCUUUGCUGACAUGCUUCAGUGGAAUGUGAAACCUGACAGAGUUACUUUUCUUGCCAUAUUAUCUGCUUGUAGCCAUGCAGGGUUGGUGGAUGAAGGAUGCUAUUAUUUCAACGAAAUGAUCAAUGUUUAUGGCAUUAUGCCAAGAGUUGAGCAUUAUUCAUGCUUAAUUGAUCUUCUUGGACGUGCUGGAAGAUUAAAUGAAGCCUAUGAGAUUCUGCAAAGAAAUCCUUCAAUCACGGAUGAUGUUGGGUUGUUAAGCACAUUAUUUUCUGCAUGUCGUUUGCACAGAAAUCUUGAUUUGGGGGUUAAAAUUGCAAGAAUGCUAAUUGACAAGAAUCCUGAUGAUCCAUCAACCUAUAUUAUCCUGUCAAAUAUGUAUGCAUCUGUUCAAAACUGGGAUGAAAUGCGGAUGGUGAGAUCAAAAAUGAAAAAGCUUGGACUGAAGAAGAAUCCAGGAUGCAGUUGGACGGAGAUUAACCAAAAGAUUCAACCCUUCUUUUCGGAAGACAAUUCCCAAUGGCAUUUGGAAUCAAUUAAAAAAUGUCUUUUGUAUCUUACUAGUCACAUGGAAGACGAGUCUAUAUCAUUUAUCCAUUUUGAUACUGAAACUCCGAUAUAUUACUAGCCUUCAAAGGAAAAGAGCGUAGGCUUAGCAGAUAGACAUCACAAUGAUCCUUAAACUUAGUUGCAAGUAAAAUUUUUCUGUGAGCAAAAUGUAAGGUAGCUUUUACUAUGCUUGAUUUUAUAUUUAACGCAGGGCUGCCAAGUAGGAGAUUCUUUAUAGUCUUAUUAGUAGUCUUCUCUCACUUGAUAUUGUUGUAUCUUUUAAUUAUAUAUAUAUAUAUAUAUAUAUAUAUAUAUAUGUAUGGUGAAUUCUAUCAAUUCCUUUGUAAAGUAAUAUGUAACUUAUUUUGUAGUUA